AUUUGAACGGAAACUAUCGAUGCUAAAAAGAUAUCGAUGCAUUCUUUGUUUCCCUAUUGAGGCGCCAAAUAAGUUUUUUUUUUCUCUCAGUUGCAAUUUUACAAUACCGUAGCAAUGGAUGAGAAUAAAUUAAAAAAUGCAUCCGCCUUUAAUGGAAAGGAACCGGAAUGCAUCGAAGGGAAUAGUAGAAACUCGAAUAUCAAAGACGAAAUCAAGGUCAUUCAAGAAAAUCCAGAUGAGCAGCAAUACCUGGACCUAAUAGAAAAAAUUAUUGCAACCGGCGUUGACCGUUCCGACCGCACGGGCGUUGGUACUCGCUCAAUUUUCGGUGCUCAAAUGCGUUUUAACCUCCGUGACGACUUUCCACUGCUAACUACAAAACGCGUAUUCUGGCGGGCCGUUGCAGAGGAGCUACUUUGGUUUGUUCACGGCCAGACGGAUGCGAAAAUACUACAAGAGAAAAAUAUCCACAUUUGGGACGGGAAUAGUACUCGAGAGUUUUUGGAUAAAUGUGGUUUUCAAAAUCGCGAAGAAGGUGAUUUGGGCCCCGUAUAUGGAUUUCAGUGGCGCCAUUUCGGAGCCAAAUAUCGAACAUGCAACGAUAAUUACUCGGGUGAAGGCGUAGAUCAACUUCAAAAUGUAAUUGAUACAAUCCGAAACAAACCGAAUGAUCGUCGCAUAAUAAUGUCUGCGUGGAAUCCCCUUGACAUUCCGCAAAUGGCACUACCUCCUUGUCAUUGUCUAGCACAAUUUUUCGUUGCAAAUGGUGAGCUGUCUUGUCAGUUGUAUCAACGUAGCGCUGACAUGGGAUUGGGCGUGCCAUUCAAUAUCGCCUCAUAUGCUUUGUUAACCUAUAUGAUUGCACACGUGACCGGACUUCGUCCCGGAGAAUUCGUGCACACUCUUGGUGAUGCCCAUGUCUAUAACAAUCAUAUUGAACCCUUAAAAGAACAGAUAGCACGUAAACCCCGUCCAUUUCCCAAACUAGUUAUAAAACGGGAAGUGAAGAACAUAGAGGAUUUUACAUUCAAUGACUUUGAAGUUCUCGACUACAAACCCUACCCUAAAAUAUCGAUGGAAAUGGCCGUUUAGAAUAAAUUUUUUAAGCUGUAAGCCCAAAAAUAUAAAUGGAAGGUUUCCAAAACGCCUUAGUACUAA